UUUUUUUUUGAACUUACGGGUAUAAGUUGUUUCUCAUUUUUUUUAACGCAUGGGAAUUUUAUUUUCUUUAUUUAGGAACGCUAACUUUUCUUUUGAGUUUUCAGAACUUCAGGAUCUUUUGGAGACGCUUCAGAACUUCUUUUUUGAACCUUCAGAACUUUCAGAAUGGUUUAGGACUUUUAUUCUUCCUAAGAACACUUUUAAGGACACCUUGAAACUUAAUACUUUUAGUAUUCUUCAGUCUCUUUAGAC